UUGUUUGGAGAGCAAUUGUGCAGUGAACAAGUGCGUACGCUUUAUUCCGUAUCGAAAAGAUAAACCACCUUCCCCCCCCCAACAUCAGCAGCAGCAGUAGUGAAUCUUUCUUUAUCGACACACCAUUCUACGCAUUUUAAUAGCAAAGAUGAAGUUCCAGUACAAGGAAGAGCACCCGUUCGAGAAGCGAAAGGCCGAGGGCGACAAAAUUCGACGCAAAUAUCCAGACCGUGUGCCUGUGAUCGUCGAGAAGGCACCGAAAGCUCGCAUCGAUGACCUGGACAAGAAGAAGUACCUAGUCCCGUCCGACCUGACCGUCGGCCAGUUCUACUUCCUGAUUCGCAAACGCAUCCAUCUCCGCCCGGAAGAUGCGCUGUUUUUCUUCGUGAACAACGUCAUUCCGCCGACGUCGGCCACCAUGGGCUCGCUGUACCACGAGCAUCACGAGGAGGACUACUUCCUCUACAUUGCCUACUCGGAUGAGAAUGUUUACGGUAGCGGCAGCAGCAGCAGCAGCAGCACCGCUGACAGCAGCAACUAAGCUACCAGCGAAGCAUAAUUAUAACCAUAAAGCUUGUGUGCCGUGUUUGUGUGGGUGUGAGGACAUGCAAACACACUCACGCUGCACACAGCCACUGCACGCAACAACAAAAAUACUUGUGAUGAUACUGAAGAAAAGGACAAAAAAAUGUGUGAAAAGCCAUUCUCUCGUAUAAGCCUAUAACACAUCGAUCCUCCUGCUUUUCUCCCCCCCCCCUUUUCCCAUCGAUGUUCAAGAUCUGGCGGAUGGUGGUGGUGGCGGCGAUGGUAUUGAAGUUUGGCACCGCGCACAGCCCCGCAUUCGCACGAGACUGACACUCACUUGCUGUUCGUUGAUUUUCGUUCCCCAAACAGAUGUUGAUUUGUUGAUUACACAGGGAGCGCUCUGCACUUGAACACGAUUUCCUUUGUACUUUCCACCCUUAUAGCAAUACGUGCAUGGACCGUUCGUUUUGUCCCUCCGCCCGUUUCCCUUUGUUUCUGUGGUUCAUUUGUACUGGGGUAUAGUUACAUACUACAACAAAACAAAAGAAUGCUAGGCCGUAUUCGAUUACGUAUUUUAUUUAAUGCAAAAAUAUGCAAAAAAAACUGUAUAAGUAGGAUUAAUGGAAAAAA